CAACAACCAAGAUGUAGGCCACACCCACUCCACAUUCGUCUCCUUUACCGGCUUCGAGAGGACGGCAGUCAGUGCUGGGUUUCUGUGUCUUUCUCGUCACCUUCUACUUUUCUCUCCAUCCAUUCAUCCGUCAGAUAGACUCCCGCAGGGAUGGCGGAGCUGGAGGGCCUGGAGUUCGGAAAGUCAGACUUUGUGCUUCUAGACGAGGUGACCAUGGAGCAGUUUAUGGAGAACUUGAGGUUAAGGUUUGAGAAAGGCCGUAUCUACACAUUCAUUGGAGAAGUAGUGGUGUCAGUCAAUCCAUACAAACAGAUGGAUAUCUAUGGGAAGGAGGUCAUUGAGGACUACAGGGGCAGAGAACUGUAUGAGAAUCCACCUCACCUGUAUGCUGUCGCAGACGCUGCUUAUAAAGCCAUGAAGAGGCGAGCCAAAGACACAUGCAUCGUCAUUUCAGGUGAGAGUGGAGCAGGCAAGACUGAGGCAAGCAAGUACAUUAUGCAGUACAUUGCAGCGAUCACCAACCCUAGCCAGAGGGCAGAGGUCGAGAGUGUGAAGAAUGUGCUCCUGAAAUCCAACUGUGUGUUAGAAGCCUUUGGAAAUGCAAAGACCAACCGCAAUGAUAACUCCAGCCGCUUCGGCAAAUACAUGGACAUCAACUUCAACUUUAACGGAGACCCCACAGGAGGACACAUCAACAACUACCUGCUGGAGAAGUCACGAGUUGUCCAGCAGCAGGAGGGAGAGAGAAAUUUCCACUCAUUUUAUCAGGUGUUACGGGGAGGAUCUGAUGAAUUGCUGAAGUCUUUGUAUCUGCAGAGAGAUCCUGCAGAAUAUGCCUACACCAGUCAAGGAGCCUCCGUCACACUUGCGUCCAAUAAUGACUCCUUAUGCCACAAAGCUGUGAUGGCGGCACUAAAAGUGAUCGGCUUCACUGCUGAAGAGAUCAGCUCCAUCUACAAGAUCCUCAGUACCAUCCUACACCUGGGUAGCCUUCAGUUUACAAAUGAUGGUGAACAUGUCAUAAUUGUCGGAGAAGAUACAGUGAAGCACAUAUCUGAGCUGACGUCCACAGAGGCUGAGAAUGCCAGGAAAACACUGCUGUACCGUACAGUGGCUACUGGAGGUGGUGAGGUCAUUGAAAAGGGACACGAGCAGGAAGCUAGCUAUGGAAGAGACGCUUUUGCCAAGGCUUUAUAUGAGAGAUUAUUUGCGUGGAUAGUGGGUCGUAUCAAUAGUGUGAUUGAAGUGAAGGACUACAAUCCCGCCCUGCAUGGUAAAAACACUGUUAUAGGUGUGCUGGACAUCUAUGGCUUUGAGAUCUUUGACAACAACAGCUUUGAGCAGUUUUGCAUUAACUACUGCAACGAGAAGCUACAGCAGCUCUUCAUUGAGCUUAUCCUACGACAGGAGCAGGACGAGUACCAGAGAGAGGGUAUCACAUGGCAACAUAUCGAAUACUUUAACAAUCAGAUCAUAGUGGAUUUAGUGGAGCAGCCUCAUAAGGGCAUCAUCUCCAUCCUGGAUGAAGCCUGUCUCACUGCAGGGAAAGUCACAGAUACUGUCUGCCUGGACAGCAUGAACAAAAAGCUGGGCCAGCACCCUCACUACACCUCCCGGAAACUCUGUCCCGCUGACAAGACCAUGGAGUUCAAUCGAGAUUUCCGUAUCCGACACUACGCAGGAGACGUUACGUACUCAGUUGAGGGUUUUCUUGAUAAGAACAAGGACCCACUUUUCCAGGAUUUCAAGCGACUGAUGUACAACAGUUCUGACCCCGUCCUCAAAGAAAUGUGGCCUGAUGGGAAAAUGAGUAUUACAGAGGUGACCAAACGACCUCUAACUGCAGCUACACUCUUCAAAAACUCUAUUAUUGCUCUAGUGGACAAACUGGCCUGUAAGGAGCCAUACUAUGUGCGGUGUAUAAAGCCAAAUGAAGUGAAGUCUUCCAUGCUGUUUGAUGACGGACGCUGUCAGCACCAAGUGGCGUACCUGGGACUGCUGGAGAAUGUGCGUGUGCGUCGAGCUGGAUUUGCCUACAGACAGCCUUAUGCACGCUUUCUGCAGAGGUACAAGAUGACCUGUGAAUACACCUGGCCUAAUCACCUGAUGGGCUCUGACCAGGAGGCUGUGGAGGCCAUCGUGAACCAACACGGCUUUGAGGAUGAUGUAGCGUACGGCCACACCAAGCUAUUCGUGAGAACCCCUCGCACGCUCUUCACGCUGGAGCAAGAGAGAUCCGCGCUCAUCCCCAUACUAGUGCUCUUCUUACAGAAGGUUUGGAGAGGUGCAUUAGCACGUAUGCGAUGUAGGAAAUUAAGGGCAAUCUAUACCAUAAUGGCAUAUUAUAAAUGCUAUAAGGUGAAAGCUCACUUCUGGGAAGUGGAGAGACGUUUCACCAACGUUCGAAACAUGGCCGACUAUGGGAAGAGUGUGGAGUGGCCGACACCGCCUGCAGCCCUGGUGCAGUUCCACAGAAUCACACAACACCUCUACCGCCGAUGGUGGGCCCGGCAGCUAAUUAAGAACAUCCCACCGUCUGACAUGGCGGAGGUGAGGGCAAAAGUAGCUGCUCUGUCAGCUCUGAGCGGGGAGAGAGUGGACUGGGGCUACAGCCGUGCCUGGGAGAGAGACUACUUGGCCAAUGCAAAAGACUCUCCUCUGACGAGCACCAACUUUGUGCGCAUCACUAAAGAGCUGAAGAACAAAGACCAGUACAGCCAGAUCCUCUUUUCAUGCUCUGUCAGGAUGCUAAACUGGUUCAACAACACAAAGGACAGAGCUCUACUCAUCACAGACAAGCAUAUCUACAGGCUGGAACCUAAAAAACACUUUAAAGUGCAAAAACGAAUACCGCUUGAUUCAGUGGUUGGUGUGAGCGUAACAAGUGGCAGUGACCAGAUGGUGGCGCUACAUACUGCCUCUCAGGAUGACUUUCUGGUGCACCUACAGAGGGGUCAACUCAACCCAAAUCAGGACCGUGUAGGGGAGAUGGUGGGCAGCCUCACAGACCACUUUACACGAGUGAAGAAUACUCCACUGCCCGUCAAAGUGUGCUCUACAGGAGUCCAGGUACACAUGAGCGGGAAACCUAAGAGUAUCACCAUCGAGAACAAACCUGGCCAGACCAUCGCAGACUUCAAGAAGAGUCGAACCGGAUUCACCUUACUGCUGCCCCAUCAGUAAAGACAAGACUUAGGACAUAAAAUAGUAUUUAGCCAAUCAGUCAUGACGGGACUGUAAGUUCCUGAGAUUUCAAACAGGAUUGGAUAUGUUUGUACAUAAGUGGAACAAAAUUUAUUAUUUUCUCAAUCUGAAGCAAUGCACUUUGUUGUAAUUAAAUAGCAUGUGGCAGUGAUGUAUUUUUGUAGGCCAAACUAGAAGUUUGUAUCACCCGGGCUUCCUCGAUUUUUCCAUUGGCUUUUGGAUUAUUGCAGAAAAUAAGCUUUGUGGCCAACAGAAGUUUAUAAUUCUUACGCACAAGUUAACACAAUUUUUAUAGAUGUUGAGGCCUUUAUAGAAUCGCCAGAAAUUAAAAAUUAAAUAUAGGCUAUAAAUGAUCUUCACCAUAGUCUUUAUUUUAAAACAUUUUCUUUGAAAGUUUGAGUUAGAAUAGUUUGUGAUUAUAAACACAAUGAGGCUGUAGACAACCUCUGUUGUCCCAUUAGGCCUUUCAAGCUACAUUCACAUGUGGUUUGAAAUCCUAUUCAAAUCGCAUUCCUGGAAAUCCAUUUCAGUCUGACCGCUCAGAUCAGCUUUUUUGCCUGGGUCACUUUCUCACGCCACGUAAAACGUAAACACGCCAGACGUUGUUUGUGGAAAACAUGCUGAAAGUCUUUGUAGAAGCAAGAUUGUGUUGUUGCAAAGUUGCAAACUAAAAAUUUUUUUUACUGUAGAACAAUACAAUGUUGUUACCAUAGAAACCAAAGCAGAUAUUCAGUAAAAUGAAAGAAUGCCACGGGACACACAAAUCAGAUCUGAAAAGUUGCGAUACGCACAGUGUGGACAGUCAAUAAUUUAAAUCAAUCAGAUAUACAGAAAUCGGAUUUGUACUGACAGCCUGAAUGAGGCUUUAUACACUUGUUAAGAACAUGAAUAAAACAUGAAAAUAUUUUGAGCUUGUGUUCACCACAGACCAAAUUUCAGCCAUUUAACCAAAAACCCAUUCAAAACACCCGCUGACUUCAGUACGAUGGAACCAGAAGAGCUAAAAUACAAGUAUUUUACAUGUUUUGGUCUAUAAAGAAUGUCAUCUCUGCAGCACUCCCUGUGUUAAACAGAAGGAACGUCUAAACCAGUUAAUGCUAGUGUGUUUAUCAUGUGCUUGAAAUGAAGAUAUGCAGCAUUAAUGAUUGUGCUGAUCCGCUGUUAUUCUGCUGUCCCUCCUCUAUUUUUAAUUUUGCACAUGAAAUAGCCCUAAAGCGUUGUGUCAUGUAUUUUGAAUUGUGGGUGAUCAUGUAAUAAUGCUAUUUUAUGAUUUAUCAACAUUUCAGAAAGAACGUUAUAUCGAUAUGGCCUUUGCACUUUUCAUAACAUAUGUUGAUUUUGUUUUUAUGUUCUAUAUGAUUGUAUUUUUUUCUCAGGGUGUACAUUUGAACUGUGGAGAUGCAACCAAGAGUAUUUUCACGUGUUAGUGCUGUCACUGGGGCAGUGCCUUUCAAAGGGUACUAAUACAUUAUAUACUUCUAAAGUGCAAAUAUGCACCUUUACAUAUGUAUUAAUAUGCUAAUAUGUACCUUGGAGGGGUAAAUGAGGCUCAAAGAUGUACCUUUUAGCUUUUGUACCUUUUUUGUACCACCCAAGUGAAAACUUUUGUACUUUUUUUUUUUUCUGAGAGUGCAGGAGUAUUUAACCAAGACCUCAGGUUAAACCUAACAAUAUUAUUACUGCAUUGUAGUUGUAAUAUAUAAACAGAGGAGUGAUUUUAAUGCCUAUUAAUAUCUGUCAAAUGCUGUAUUUGAAAACAGCAACUAAACUGUAAUCAAAUCAUAUGAUAUUGUUUUAUUAAAUGCCACAUGCAGUAA